UCGGGUCGGGCUAACCCGGAGCGAUCCAAAUAAAAUUAUAUAAGGCAAUCCAAAACCCUAGGUAAUUCUCUCCGCCUCUCUCUCUAUCUUCCUAAACCCUACUCAUUUUCUCUCCCGUAUCUCCCUCGACGCUAUGCCGAAGCAUUACAGACCUGCGGGGAAAAAGAAGGAAGGCAAUGCUGCUAAGUACAUGACCAGGUCCCAAGCUAUUAAGUACCUUCAAGUUAGCUUAUCACUCUUCAGGAAAUUAUGUAUUCUGAAAGGAGUGUUUCCUCGGGUGCCGAAGAAGAAGGUGAAGGGGAAUCAUCAUACUUACUAUCACGUGAAAGAUAUUGCGUUCCUUAAACAUGAGCCGCUGGUUGAGAAGUUUAGGGAUAUGCGGACUUAUGAUAGGAAGGUAAAGAAAGCUGAGUCUAAAAAGAACAGGGAUCUUGCUGAAAGGUUGUUGACUCGCAAGCCUACUUAUACUCUGGACAGGCUUAUCCGUGAGAGGUAUCCGAAGUUCAUCGAUGCACUAAGAGAUUUGGAUGACUGCCUCAGUAUGGUCCAUCUUUUCGCGGCAUUACCUGCUAUAGAGAGAGAGAAGAUUGAAGUAAAACGUGUUCACAACUGCCGAAGGUUGAGCCAUGAAUGGCAGGCAUAUAUCUCUCGUUGUCAUAAAUUGCGCAAAGUAUUCAUCUCAGUGAAAGGCAUAUAUUACCAGGCCGAAGUUGAAGGGCAGAAGGUGACUUGGUUAACUCCUCACGCACUUCAGCAAGUAUUACCUGAUGAUGUUGACUAUAAAGUCAUGCUAACGUUCUUGGAAUUUUACGAGACUCUACUAGCAUUUGUAAAUUUUAAAAUUUACAACUCGAUAAAUGUGAAGUAUCCGCCCAUCCUUGAUCCACGGUUGGAAGCUUUAGCAGCAGAUCUUUAUGCCUUAUCAAGGUACUUUGAUGCUAAUUCAAAAGCUCCCAUGGUGAGCUCCCAAGACGCUGCCUUAUCUGAAAGCAACCAAGUUAAGGACAAAAACAAUGAUGCAGAGCUUCACGAGUCUGAACUUAGGCUGGCUCAACUUCAACACCAACUUCCUUCUAAUGAACCUGGUGCAUUAAUGCGCCUUGUUGAAGAUGCUGCUGGUGAGGAUGAAGAUGAUGAGGAAACGAAGGAGUGUAAAACUCUUUUUAAAGAUAUGAAGUUCUUCUUGAGUCGUGAGGUUCCAAGAGAGUCCUUGCUUUUUGUGAUUCCUGCAUUUGGAGGUGUGGUCUCUUGGGAGGGUGAAGGAUCUCCAUAUAAGGAAACGGAUCAGGGCAUCACUUACCAGAUUGUUGACAGACCAACACAGGGUCACAAAUUUUUUACCCGAGAAUAUGUUCAGCCACAAUGGGUGUUUGAUUGCAUAAAUGCACGAAUUAUAUUGCCUACUGAGGAUUAUAUGGUUGGACGGGUCCCCCCACCACAUUUAUCACCAUUUGUGGUUUAUGACCCAGAGGACCAUGUUCCGGAGUAUGCAGAAACCAUCAAGAGGCUUCAGGCAGCUGCGAGGCAAGAAGUAUUGCCAAUGCCUGGUGUGGUAGGAGUAGAAGAUUUGGAAAAUCCACAAAAUUUACUGGAUGAAGCCAUUAUUGACCGAACAGAAGCUAUUGAAGUGGCUAAGAGAAAAGAGAAGUUGUUAAAACUUCAGAAGCAGCAUCUUGAUGAACUAAACAAGGAAGUCAAAGGUGAGCAGUUAGCGGUUGAGUCAGAUGCAAGUGAUAAGAAGCCUGUCGAUACAGGAUUCAUUGCAGCUGAUUCUGAACAAGCAAUCAAGGAUGCAGCAGAUAUAACUAUGGUUGGCGUGUCACGCAAGAAGAGAGAGCUCUAUAAGGCCAUGCAGAUUGGCAAUGAACGGAAAAAGGCUAAAACUCAACUACUCAAGGAAAGAAAGAGAUUGUUAGACGAAGCCAAGAAGUCCAAUACAUGAUUGUAAGCAGACUCAUCGAAAUGGUUUAGAUGGCGAUGAUUCAUAAUUUUGUGUAAAGAUGUGAUCUUGCAGAUUGUGGAGAGAAGCUUAGCAUUGGUCUUCUGAAGUGAAGGGUUCAAAAUUAGGCAAAAGUGGAUUUUGAAUUAUUACCAUGGUGUCUUGUUUUUUUGGCCCAAGUAGGUCUCAAUCUUCAAUCUUUCAUUUAAAAGCUUUUAUAAUUUGGAGAGUUGUAAUGAUAUAAUGCCAGAUAUUUGACCAUACAAUCGUAAUUUCAAACACAUUGUAGGCUUUUUAUUGCGAUAAACAAUAAUCUAUCUUAUGUA